ACCUUAGUAAGUUUAACCUCAGCUGGAAAAUCCAUUCAGACUCUAGAACUGCUAUUGGAUUAAUGCAUUCCGCAUAGGCGAUCUGAAGUUGUUAACCUUGUAAACUUGAAAUUCUUUUACCUUCAAAAUUCUCCUAUCAAUCUUUGUCUCCACCUUAGAGUUUAAAGGAUCAAGAUGCUUCGAGCUUAACAUUACCUCUUUCCCUUUAGUAAUUAGGGUUUUGGGUUUAGUUUAUGGAAUAUUUGGGUUGACGUUGGGGUGAGCAUUACAUCUUUUCCUGCAAUCAUAGACAUUUCAAAAUUUAUACAAUAUAUAUUAUGUUAUUUCGUUUAUUACAAAUUAGCAUGUUCCAUUUUAUCUAUCUUUUAUCACACACGUUCCUUUAUAAUCACUGUCAUCUUUUAUACACUUCAACAUCAUUUAUUUACCGGUAACUUGUAUAAAAGAAGGAUAUAACCGGAAGAAAAAGAAACAACAGCUAUGAAAUCUAAUUAUGUCAAAAUCAAUGAUAUAUCUUUAAUUUUGUCUCCAAAAUUGGCUAUUGCACCAAUUAACUCUAUUAGGAACUCUAUUUUUUACUCAUAUAUAUCCAUCAUUUAAAAUAAUAGAAAUAUGAAUAACCACUAAAUUUGUAGGAACAAAAUUAUUAUUUGGAUUCUUAUCACCAAUGAAAACUAAAAAAAAAAUUAAAUCUACAGCAAAAUACGAUUAAAAAAACAAUCAAUUUGAUAAAAAAGGAAAGCAAAAUAUUAUUCAAUAUUUACAAGAUGAGAUAUCACAUAAAAAAUAGAGGAACAACUUAAAACACAGUAUAUAAUAAAUAAAGUAAAAUCUAUAGAAAAUGAUUUAUUAAACCAAGUAUGUUCUGAUUUACCAAACGCUUUUUGGAAAAGAAAACAACAUAUGGUUGAACUCUUAUAUAUAGGUGGAAGCACUGUGGCCUAGUGGUCAAGGUUUAAAGGCUUCUACAUCCAGAUCUAGGGUUCAAACCCUAGACAACGCAAUUUUUACAGGAAGAGGUCUAGGUUUCCUUUCCCGGAGAAGGCGAAUUAUGCAGAAAAUUAGAGAAAAUGCUUUUAAGAGAUCUUCAGCAUGGCGCAAGGAGUACCGUCAGGAAUGGAUCUCAUAGGGCUAUUCUGGGUGAUGCAGUCAGACGUGAAUCCUCAUAAGGCAGGUAGAAUUGUCUGCUGUAAUAUCAUCUAUAUAAUGUUUCUCAUAAUUUAUAAUAGCAUAAUUAACCAGACAAAAAAAACUCCUAUAUAUAAAAUAAUUCAAUGAAAAAAAUAUACCAACUAAAGCACGACCAAUAAUGGAAGCUCCCUUAGUCCAGUGGUUUGACUAAGGGUUCAUUAAUGCUUCUACACAAGGAGGUUUGGGGUUCAAAUCUCAGAAAAACGCAAAUUAUGCAGAUUAUGGAGAAAAAAGGUUACAAGAAGUCUUCAGCAUUGUGCAGAACGUAUCAUCGAAUAUGGAUCUCAUAGGGCGGCUCGAAGUGACGCAGUCAGACGUGUAUUCUCAUAUGGUUGUAGAAUUGUCGGCUGUAGAAUCGUCUCUGUAAUAUUUUUCAGCGUUGUAAUAACAUAAUUAAUCAGACGUUAAAAAAAAACACGACCAAUACAAAUGAAUAAAGAAUUUUUACAACAUUGUAAAAAUGAAAUAAAAUAUCUACUAAAUGAAAACGUAAUAAGGCCACUCAAAUCCCCGUGGAGUUAUUCGCCCUUUUACGUAUUAACCAAGCUGAAAGGGAAUGUAGAGUACCACGUUUAGUAAUUAACUAUAAACCAAUGUGUGAUAACAAGGCAUAAUGGACAAUUUAAUGGGAGAUGACAAGGCAUAAUGGGCAAUGUGGAAAGAGAUAGAGAGCCAAAAGGCGAUAUGCACUUGUUCAACGGAUGAUGUACAUUGUUCAACGGGCGAUUUGGAGUCUCGAGGAGUUACGGGGGACGUAGAAUGGGCAAUGAGAAAGAGCGAGAGAGGAGUUGGCGAUGAGGAAUGGGCUAUGAGGAGCGGGCGAUGAAGGAGAGUGAGAAAUAGAGUUGGCGAUGAGGAGGAGACAGAGAGACGAUGGAGGGAGAGGAGAGAGGAGAAGAGAGGCGAUGGGGAGAGGAGAGAGGCUAGAGAGAGGCGAUGAGUGAGGGAGAGAAAAUGAGGGCGACGAGAGAGAGGCGAUGAGGGAUAGUUAAUGGAUAUGAGGCCAUCCUCUUGCCUUGGCUCGUCUCUUCCGUUCUCUGUUGAUGUUUUCGUUUAGUUUGGAACUGUUUUGCUAGUUUCAUGAAAGUUUUAUCUAUAAACUUUUCCAAGUUUGUUUUACGAAAGAUUAUUUCAUAAAAUUUGUUUUGUGUGUUUUACGAAUGUUUUUCCUUAGAAACUUUUCGAAGUUUGUUUUGCGGAAAAUUGUCUCGUAAAAUUAUGAUAUUGUCGUAAAAACCUCCUCAGAGAAAGUUUUUCUGAAUAAUUCUUGUUUAGUUAAAAAUCUCUUUAUCUUUUUUCUGAGGAAGAAAUGUACGGAAUUUUUUCUACAUAUCUUCGUUCAAUUCUCGGGUGAUUUUAGCCAAUAUUACAUUGUACAUAUUGUAAAUCAUCCAUAACCUGAACCCAAAAUAUAUCUAUGCUCCAGCAUGCAAUAUGCAUAAGACAUUAACCAAACCUCGUCAAACCUUUCUUGGCUCAUCGACAUAGUUCAGAUGCAAGGUCUAAAGCGCAUAGACUAAGUUUACAAUUUAAAGCUCUUUCCUCCAUAGUUACAAAUGCAAACUUUUUUCUUUCUUUUAUAAUUUUCCAACUAAAAUAAAAUCAUCAGUAAAACUCAAUCCUUUUGUCUCUUUUUCAUAUUUCCUUCCCCUGUACUGUAACUGAUUGGCUUCUGAAAUCUCCAUCCUAAUCUAAAAAAAAACAAAAAUUACAGAAAUUCUAAUUACCUAAUGUUGCUCUCCUCUGCUUUUAUUGUCGGCAUUGUGGCUAAGAUGGAAAAACAUCAACAAGCAUUGUUUGAAAUUGAGGAGAAACAAGCCAGGGUCCAGUCGCAAUGUAAUGUUCAUAAGACAUUAACCAAACCUCGUCGAACCUUUCUUGGCUCAUCGACAUAGUUCAGAUGGAAGGUCUAAAGCGCAUGGUAGUUUACCAUUUAAAGCUCUUUCCUCCAUAGUUACAGACGCAAACUUUUUUCUUUCUUUUAUAAUUUCCCAACCAAAAUAAAGUCAUCAGUAAAACUCAAUCGUUUUGUCUUUUUUUUUCAUAUUUCUUUCACCUCUACGGUAACCGAUUGAUUUCUGUAAUCUCCAUCCUAAUAAAAAAAAACAAACAAUUUGCAGGAAUUAUAAUUACCUAAUGUUGCUCUCCUCGGAUGGAAGAACAUCAACAAGCAUUGUUUGAAAUUGAGGAGAAACAAGCCAGUGUCCAAAUGCAAGCCAAUGUAUCUCAUCGGAAUCAUUGUCGAAAGUGCUUCGGUGAUGUUGAGAAAGAAAGAGGGCUUCGGUGAUGGUGAAUUUUAGAAUAAAAAAUUAUUUGUAAAAUAUAAUAAGGAGACUAGAAAAAAUCUAAAUGCUUUAGUGAAUUGUUAAGGGAAUAUGCAAUGUGAACUCAACUAUUAUGGAAAUGAGUACAAAAUUGUUCUAGUAUGAGAAAGUACUUAUUUAUGAAAAGAAAGUGCAUUAAAGUGACUUAUAUCUAUAUAUAUAAAGUAAGCUUUGGAUCCCUCCUAGGCCAUCCACAUAGGCGGACACGUCAUCAAUUAGAAAAUUUUGAGGGCGACACGUGUCCUCUUUAAUGAAACACAUCGUUUCUUCUUUUCUCUAUCAUCUCGGACAUUUGUGUUCUGCUUUUCUCAUCGAUAGCGAUGACCUUCCAGUUCCGUAACGGGGCGUUGUGAUUUCUGCGCCUUUAAUCUUAGUGUCUUUAAUCUCAUUAAACCAGACGCCCACUAUGCUAGCUUCAGUUGCGUUGUUCAGUCGACGAUUUCAUGUAUAAAUAGGUUUGUAUCUCACUUCUCCGAAUGGUGGUGAAGAUUCUGCCGGCAGUCGAAAGCUCCUGGAAAGAUGUCUCCGGUGGAGGCUGCGGUUUCGCAAUGGCUACCUCAGAAUCCGGGAAGCUGAUCACAUGCGGCUCGACGGAUGAUCUAGGUCAGAUCUAUGUCACAUCAGGGAAGCACUGUGAGACUCCCGAGCCGUUUCCUCUGCCUCCGGAGGUUUGUGUACAGAAAGCUGAAGCUGGAUGGGAUCAUUGUGUGGCGGUAAGAGAGAGCCAUGAAGUUUAUACAUGGGGAUGGAAGAAAUGUAUACCCACUGGAAGAGUGUUUGGACAAGUGGAAGGAGAUUCGUGUGAAAUGAACACCUCCUUCUCUGCAGAGCAAGAAGUUUCAACGCAGGUUCUCAUCUUCCACCAGUGCAUCAUGUAAUGAUGUAACACUGUUGGGAUUGUAAGGUAGUCCAUGUUGAACACAUUUCCAUUCACUCUCUCUAAGUAAUUUAAAGCCAAUCUCAUUCCCAUACGUUAUAACAAGUUAUUGGGUGUGUGGGUAUUAAUGGUGAGAUGAACAAACUGACAAAGCCUUUCUACUGCUGCAGUUUCUCAAGCGAUGGUUGCAGAUACUAAUUCCCUUUGUACUUAAACCUAUUUGACAUAUAAGACGCAGGGAUGGCAAACCAAAUAACCUUAACCUUUCAUGCCAAGCUCUCUAAGUUCAGACUUUUCAUCAAACCAUAAAUCAUUCACCCUAGCCCUGAUAUUAGAUCAGAACCAACGCCAAUUCCUACUUUUGAUGGACAGGUAGGUAAUGACAACUCGGGCAAUGAUAUGCCAGGUUCUGGAGCUGUUAAAAAACUUACACCACUGAUGGUGUAAAGACAUAAAGUGUGAACAGUUGUGUCGCUCUGAACAUCGUUGGCAUCGGUACUAUUGCUAUUAUUACAUAGUAUAAGUUAGUGAAAACCAUGUAAUGGUUAAUCUUCAAGAGUAUAGGAGUUUUAAACACUGUUGUGGACUUUAGUUGAUGCUCUACUACCACUUUUUAAAAGAAUCCUCUAGACAAAAGUAUUCUACCUCUUUCGGUCAUGCUAAUUAUUGCUUCUGAUUCUUUUUCCUUCUCGAUUUUUUGUACACAGCAAGGCAACUACGUUUGUACGGCAACUACGUUUGCUCUUUUUUAGAAAUGGCCAUGGGAUCUCUGAUUUUCUACACA